AAAACAUUUUUCUUAAUUUUUUUACUCGCCCCCCCUCCUCCACUUUCUCCUGUCUUUCUUGCCACCGCUGCUGAUGUCUUGUGUCUAUAUGGUGGGUUAGUCAGAUAUGAGGAUGUUCAGGUCACAUGACGGGGGUGAGACAGGAAGUGGGAAGCGUUAUCUUGAAGGGAAGGCAGAGAAUUCACACAGACAAGAAUGUGUAUAAACCAAGGUAACUUCAGUGUAUUGGUAAUUAAUUCCUCUGUUUGAGUGAAUGUGUGUAUUUCUAUGGUUAGGAAAGGACGCUUUCGUCCCAUCUGCAGUUCUUGUCUGUGUGAGUUCAGUCUCGUUGGUCUGUUUGUGCAAAGCGUUCAUGUGCCUUUUUUGGGGUUUUCUGGAGGUGCCUCUGUAACGCGUGUUUGCGCGCCCGUGUUUCUCGGGGAGUCUCCUCCGGCCGCCCAUCUCGCCUGCAGCCGAUCAGCGCCUCAAAUGUGUGCCUUGCCGCCUGUCGAACAGACGCCCUUCCUCUGUCCUCUCUGCUCCUCUACGUGUUCUGGGUGUCUGUGUGUCAGAUCUUAAUGUCUGGGGUAACCGGAAGCCGCCAGUAUGCGGCGUUGAUCCCUGCUGGGUCACCUGCCUCUCAGACUCCUCUGCCGUGAUGAUAAACCAACUCACCAUCUCGACAAGAAUGCAAGAAAACACUGCAGAAUAUAAUAGAUUCUGCUUAUAUAGUCCAGUGGGAAGCAAGUGGUGUGUUUGCAUUAUGAAGAAACAAAGGCUACAUUUAUGUAGCAUUUUAUGCUUGGCUCACAUUUAUAAUUUGGUGUGUAAACUGUUCAGGUUUCACGCAGUGCAAAGGUCAAAGGUCGUGACACCGCAGUGCGUCGUGGUGGGCUCUUCUGCAUGGGGGUUGAAGGUCACUCUCUGGGCCGGCGGUGAUGGGACACUCACAGGGAAGUGACUGAGUCGACUCUGGGAUGUCGGGGCGUGGGCACUAACAUGGCAGCGUGUGAGCGUGGGCGCCGGUGUGAGCGUGGGCGCCGUGGUGUGAUGUGCCAGGUAGGUCAGCGGUCCGUUGGUGAGGUGGAAGGUGGUGACCUUUGUGUCACCGAUUCAAGUCGGUGUCAGUGUGCUCGUGGAAUGUUUUUUGCCUUGAAUUUGUUCAGAAACACAAGAAUUUCAGCUUGCAGGUGUACUGAAUAAAAUGGAAGAAAAAAAAAAAACAAGCCCAACCCUGACCCCAGUUAACCAAGUUGCAUGUAAUGGCGUUUGGUACCUUAUGUAUCCACCAGGGGGAGCUGGAGAAACAACUGCUGCAGGCCAACCCCAUCCUAGAAGCCUUUGGUAAUGCCAAGACAGUGAAGAAUGACAACUCUUCACGAUUCGGAAAAUUCAUCAGGAUCAAUUUCGACGUCAACGGUUACAUAGUCGGAGCAAACAUCGAGACCUACUUACUGGAGAAGUCACGCGCCAUUCGGCAGGCCAAGGACGAGAGGACAUUUCACAUGUUCUACUACAUGCUGUCAGGAGCAGGGGACAAGUUACGCUCGGAGCUUUGUCUGGAGGGCUUCAACAAGUACCGCUUCCUGUCCAACGGUCUGGUGACCAUCCCCGGUCAACAGGACAAGGACCUCUACACCGAGACCAUGGAAUCCAUGAAGAUCAUGAGCAUCCCAGAAGAUGAGCAGAUAGGAAUGCUAAGGGUGGUAUCAGCCGUGCUCCAGCUGGGGAACAUAUCCUUCAAGAAGGAACGUCACUCAGACCAGGCCUCCAUGCCCGACGACACAGCCGCUCAGAAAGUCUGCCACCUGAUGGGCAUGAACGUGACCGACUUCACGCGCUCCAUCCUGUCGCCGCGCAUCAAGGUGGGCCGCGACUAUGUGCAGAAGGCGCAGACGCAGGAGCAGGCCGAGUUCGCCGUGGAGGCUCUGGCCAAGGCCACCUACGAGCGCCUCUUCCGCUGGCUGGUCAUGCGCAUCAACAAGGCCCUGGACAAGACCAAGCGUCAGGGCGCCUCCUUCAUCGGUAUCCUGGACAUUGCCGGCUUCGAGAUCUUCGAGUUGAACUCGUUCGAGCAGCUGUGUAUCAACUACACCAACGAGAAGCUGCAGCAGCUCUUCAACCACACCAUGUUCAUCCUGGAGCAGGAGGAGUACCAGCGGGAGGGCAUCGAGUGGAGCUUCAUCGACUUCGGCCUCGACCUGCAGCCCUGCAUCGACCUCAUCGAGCGGCCGACAAACCCUCCAGGUAUCCUGGCCCUGCUGGACGAGGAGUGCUGGUUCCCCAAGGCCACAGACAAGAGCUUCGUGGAGAAGGUGGGCCAGGAACAGGGCACCCACCCCAAGUUCCACAAGCCCAAGAAACUGAAGGAUGAAGCCGACUUCUGCAUCAUGCACUAUGCCGGCAAGGUGGACUACAAGGCAGAUGAGUGGCUGAUGAAGAACAUGGACCCUCUGAAUGACAACGUGGCCACGCUCCUUAACCAGUCCUCGGACAAGUUUAUGUCUGAGCUGUGGAAAGACGUGGAUCGUAUCGUGGGCCUGGACAAGGUGGCCGGCAUGUCGGAGUCCAUCCCCGGGGCCUUCAAGACACGCAAGGGCAUGUUCCGCACGGUGGGCCAGCUCUACAAGGAGCAGCUGUCCAAGCUGAUGGCCACGCUGAGGAACACAAACCCCAACUUCGUCCGCUGCAUCAUCCCCAACCACGAGAAGAAGGCCGGGAAGCUGGACCCCCACCUGGUUCUGGACCAGCUGAGGUGUAACGGGGUUCUGGAGGGGAUCCGAAUCUGCAGGCAGGGCUUCCCCAACCGGAUCGUUUUUCAGGAGUUCAGGCAGAGGUACGAAAUCCUCACCCCCAACGCCAUUCCAAAGGGCUUCAUGGACGGCAAACAGGCUUGUGUGCUCAUGAUCAAAGCCCUGGAGCUGGACCCCAACCUGUACCGGAUCGGCCAGAGCAAAGUGUUCUUCCGUGCUGGUGUGCUUGCCCACCUGGAGGAGGAGCGUGACAUGAAGAUCACAGACGUCAUCAUCACCUUCCAGGCCUGGUGCCGCGGUUACGUUGCCCGCAAGGCGUUUGCUAAGAGGCAGCAGCAGCUCACUGCCAUGAAAGUGAUCCAGAGGAACUGUGCGGCCUACCUGAAGCUCAGGAACUGGCAGUGGUGGCGACUCUUCACCAAGGUGAAGCCACUGCUGCAGGUGAGCAGGCAGGAGGAGGAGAUGCAGGCCAAGGAUGAGGAGCUGUUGAAGAUAAAGGAGAAGCACCUGAAUGCGGAGCGGGUGAUGCAGGAGAUGGAGGAGAAACACAUGCAGCUGAAUGCGGAGAAGCAGGCCCUGCAGGAGCAGCUGCAGGCGGAGACGGAGCUGUGCGCCGAGGCUGAGGAGAUGCGGUCCCGGCUGGCGUCCAAGAAGCAGGAGCUGGAGGAGAUCCUGCACGACCUGGAGGCCCGCGUGGAGGAGGAGGAGGAGCGGGCCAACCACCUGCAGACUGAGAAGAAGAAGAUGCAGCAGAACAUCACGGAUUUGGAGCAGCAGCUGGAUGAGGAGGAAGGGGCCAGGCAGAAGCUGCAGCUAGAGAAGGUCACCUUGGAGGCUAAGAUGAAGAAGUUUGAGGAGGACGUCAUGAUUCUGGACGACCAGAAUAACAAACUCCAAAAGGAGAAAAAACUUAUGGAAGAGAGGGUCUCCGAAUUUACCACCAACCUGGCGGAAGAGGAGGAGAAGUCAAAGAGCUUGCAGAAGCUCAAGAACAAACAUGAGGCAAUGAUCACUGACCUGGAGGACCGUCUGCGCAAGGAGGAGAAGCUGCGGCAGGAGCUGGAGAAGAACCGACGCAAGCUGGAAGGCGACUCCACCGAGCAGAGUGACCAGAUCGCCGAGCUGCAGGCCCAAAUCGCCGAGCUUCGUGCCCAACUGGCCAAGAAGGAGGAGGAGCUGCAGGCUGCUCUGGCCAGGAUUGAAGAGGAGGCGGCCCAGAAGAACCAAGCUCAGAAGAAGAUCCGUGAGCUGGAGGCACAGCUGUCCGAGCUUCAGGAGGACCUGGAGCUGGAGAAGGUAGCCCGCGCCAAGGCCGAGAAGCAUCGGCGGGACCUGGCCGAGGAGCUGGAGGCCCUGAAGACGGAGCUGGAGGACACGCUGGACUCCACCGCGGCCCAGCAGGAGCUCAGGACCAAACGCGAGAUGGAGGUGACGCACCUUAAGAAGACACUGGAGGACGACGCCCGGGUCCACGAGCAGCAGCUAAUGGAGGUGCGGCAGAAGCACAGCCAAGCCUUCGACGAACUCAACGAGCAGCUGGAGCAGGCCAAGCGGAACAAGGUGUCCGUGGACAAAACCAAGCAGGCCCUGGAGAGCGAGCGCAACGACCUAACCAUCGAGGUGCAGACGCUGAUGUCGGGCAAGACGGAGUCGGAGCAGCGCAGGAAGAAGGCGGAGGCGCAGGUGCAGGAGCUGCAGGUCAAGUUCGUGGAGAGCGAGAAGAGCCGCACCGAGCUGUCCGAGCGCAUGACGAAGCUGCAGGUGGAGCUGGAGAAUGCCAACACUCUGCUCAGCGAGGCUGACAGCAAGUCCAUCAAGGCCCUGAAAGACUGCUCCUCUGUGGAGUCGCAGCUCCAGGACAUACAGGAGCUGCUUACGGAGGAGACGCGGCAGAAGCUGUCGCAGUCCACAAGAUUACGGCAGCUGGAAGAUGAGCACCACAGCCUGCGGGAGCAGCUGGAGGAAGAGGAAGAGAUGAAGAAGAAUGCCGAGAAGCAGAUCUCCGCCCUGCAGACUCAGCUGACCGACGUGAAGAAGAAGGCCGAUCAGGAGGCGAGCACCCUGGAAAACACGGAGGAGAUACGGAAACGGCUGCAGCGCGACGUGGAAGGGAUCACCCAGCGCUUUGAUGAGAAGUGCUCCGCCUACGACAAGAUGGAGAAGACCAAGACCCGCCUGCAGCAGGAGCUGGACGACCUGACAGUGGAUCAGGACCACCUGAGGCAGAUCGUGUCCAACCUGGAGAAGAAGCAGAAGAAGUUUGACCAGAUGCUCGCAGAGGAGAAGUCCAUCUCGAGCCGCUAUGCAGAGGAGCGGGACCGGGCGGAGGCGGAAGCCAGGGAGAAGGAGACGCGGGCCCUGGCACUGGCCCGCGAGCUGGAGACGCUCAUAGACUCCAAGGAGGAGGUGGAACGUGCGAACAAGCUACUCCGUGCUGAGAUGGAGGACCUGGUCUCCUCAAAGGAUGAUGUGGGCAAGAAUGUCCAUGAGCUGGAGAAGUCCAAGCGAGGCAUGGAGCAGCAACUGGAGGAGAUGAGGACCCAGCUGGAGGAGCUGGAGGACGAGCUGCAGGCCACUGAGGACGCCAAGCUGCGGUUGGAGGUCAACAUGCAAGCCAUGAAGGCCCAGUUCGAGCGUGACCUUCAGGGCAGAGAUGAGACGGGCGAGGAGAAGAAGAGGCAGCUGGUCAAGCAGGUGCGGGAGAUGGAGGUAGAGCUAGAAGAUGAGCGGAAACAACGGACGAUCGCUGUGGCAGCCCGCAGGAAGCUGGAGGUGGACCUCAAGGACCUGCAAGCUGCCAUCGAAGCUGCCAACAAGAGCCGCGAAGAGGCCCUGAAGCAGCUGAAGAAGCUGCAGGCCCAGAUGAAGGAUGUACUCCGCGAGCUGGAUGACACCCGCCUGUCCCGUGAGGAGAUCCUGGCCCUGUCCAAGGAGAAUGAGAAGAAGGUGAAGAACAUGGAGGCUGACAUAAUCCAGCUGCAGGAGGAGCUGGCCGCGGCCGAAAGGAUGAAGAGACAGGCUCAGCUGGAGAGAGACGAGCUGCAAGAGGAGAUCAACAGCCAGGCUGGCAAGAAUUCACUGAAUUCAGAGGAGAGGAGGAGGCUGGAGGCACGCAUCAGCGAGCUGGAGGAGGAGCUGGAGGAGGAGCAGAACACCUUGGAGCUCCUCAACGAUCGCAUGAAGAAGAUACAAAUGCAGUUCGAUCAAGCCAAUAUCGAGCUGACCACAGAGCGCAGUACCUCCCAGCGCCUGGAGGGGGCACGCUCUCAGUUGGAUCGCCAGAACAAGGAGCUGAAGCUGAAGCUGCAGGAGCUGGAGAAUACAGUCAGGGGCAAGUACAAGGCUUCCAUCACCUCCUUGGAGGCCAAGAUCGUCCAACUGGAGGAGCAGCUGGAGAUGGAGAGCCGGGAGAGACAGCAGGCCAACAAGACGGUGCGUCGCACAGAGAAGAAGCUGAAGGAGGUCAUUCUGCAGGUGGAUGAUGAGAGGAGGAACUCGGAUCAGUUCAAAGACCAGUCAGAGAAGAUGAGCAACCGUAUGAAGCAGCUGAAACGGCAGCUGGAGGAGGCUGAGGACGAGGCGCAGAGGGCGCACGCCUAUCGCAGGAAGCUGCAGAGGGAGCUGGAAGAUGCAACUGAGUCUGCUGACCACAUGAACCGUGAGGUCAGCAGCCUGAAGAGCAAGCUCAGGGGCAACUUGCCGUUCGAUUUCCGUAAAAUCACUCGACCAAGACUGGAGAGCGACGAGGAAACGGAGACCAAGGGUGAACCAACGGAGAAGCCAGAGUGAGCUGGUCUGCCUUCAACAUGGUCAUCUGGCUCCCCCUGCUGGCUGCUGUGAUGACCUGCAUGCAUAAAUCCUACACACAUUCGUACCUGAGGCAGACUCAUGGAUCUGACAUCGACCUAAAAUACUGUAACACGUACACUGAUUCACAGACACAGCACUGUAGUACACUUAUUAUCUAAUCCUUGUUCCUAGGCUCCGCUAUACUCUCUGACAAUCUAUCCCAGGGCGCUUCAAAUCUGGACCUCGAUUCUAAAUCCAGGCCGUGUUUUCAGUUCUUCCAGGUAGUUAGUUUGAUUGGCCGCAGAGGCUCCCAGGUAAAGGAAGGCUAGAAAAUAAGCAGUGUUAUCACUGUGAUUUGAAUGGCCCUGCUCUCUCCCGUCAGCUCUGCACUUGCAUACCCCCUCGACAAUCAAAACACAUGCAUCUACACAUGAACAUGGGCCAAACUUUACAACCUAUUCAUCUUUCUUUGGAGUCUGACUUUGAAUGAUAUUUUUAUAAGGAAACAUUCCAAUUAUUCCUCUUUCUGGAUCUAUUUUUCUAACUGAAUUAUGAAGGAAAAGGAAAAUAUGCAAAGGAGACCAAAGUAACACUGCAAUCUGGAGUAAUGUAUUUUAUUCUUUUUAUAGUAAUGGAUAAAGUAUAGCUUCCUUACCCUCUCUCUGUACCUGUGUUUCUAAUGUGAGUUUAUGCGAAGAGUUGUACUGUAUUUAAUCUAACUACAGGUAAAUCAGUACUAUUACCGUAUAUGCAGUAAUACCCGGGGCCUAAUUCUUUCGCAUCACAUGACCUGCUUCACGUCCAAUAAAAUGUUUCCAAACACACCAUGUGGCCAGAAACGCGUUCUAUAAGCUAGCAGCUGAAGUCUGCGCUAGGCAGCCAAACACGUUCGCUGUAACUUUUUCAGUUUCUGCGUUGCGCUGGUGCGCUGCGUUGGGGCACCAUGCUAGAAAUGCGAGACGGGGGGGGGGUUCAAAGCAGCGCAGAGGUGCCCCUGUGACACACUGUCCGCGUGCUUUAAGAGCUAUGCCAAGACAAACACAUUAUAGCCUUAUAAAGCUCCGUUAGAUCAUAUUUGUACUUUGAAGGUCUAAUUUUGUACUCAUUUCUUAAUAAAAUUUUAAGAUCUAUACAUUACAGGGAAAACUGGGUGGCUGGGAAGGUUUUGCAGCACACACUGUAUUCUCCGAGCGCAGUCUCCCGGAGAGCAGAGUUAUGGGGGUGGAAGAAAGGCGGGGGUAAAUUGGUAAAUUGAGCUUUCCAUCAGUAGCGGACAUGCUGUUUUGUACGUGUGGCCUUAUUGAACCUUGUCUGCACCCCCGUGCAUCUAUUAGCUUCCCUCCUUUAUGUAAAAGGGAACAGAUGAGAGGUUCCAAGACGUUCGGUGCAAGCGAGGCAGUCUCGUGACUGGCUGGCUGGUGGGAAUGCAGGGUCUCUCUUACGCUGUGCUCAGUUUAGCUAUUUGCUCACACUGUUGGAAAGGGGGAGGAAAUAUUGAUGAAUAAAUUUUGUUAAUCUCUUGCAUUUAAAACCCCCUAAUGUGUAUUCAUAUAUAUGCAUCUCUGAAAUGAAGAUUUGGUAUUGCAAUAAAGAUGGCUUUCUCAACUGUU